UUAUUACUUAUUCAUAAAAAUGGCAGCAACCUCCCUUUCCAUUUCCAUAUCGAUAGUGGCAGUGGCUAUCUGGAUCUUGUUAUGUCGAUAGUGCUUGGAUAAUGCACUUCAUCAACUUGUUGCUGCUGCAUCUGGAUCAUCUGCCCUUCAACUUAAACAAGCCAAGGCUUUGCAAGAGACUGGGUGGUGGCCAUCCACUAUUGCCCAAGCCAGUAGUAAUUAUUCAAGUGCUUGCCACUGGGAUGGUAUUACUUGCAAUGCUGGUGGAAGCGUGAUCUUUUCAAAGUUUGCGAGGGUCGAAUUCCAGACAGUUUUGAUCUGUAUCAUAAAUCCCACACAUUAUCUGGCAAUAUGGAUUUAUGCGGUCAGUUCAAGAUUUUCCCUCCAUGUCGCAAAAGCAAAAAACCAAUUGUAACCAAAAUGAAAAUUUUUGCUCCCAUCACCAUUUUACUCGGAUUCCUAGUUAUUGGGGGUAUUCUCUUGUCUCGUUGUGUGUUCAAGAAAAAUCAGUUUGAGUUAAGAAAAUCUAAGAAUGGGAACUUAUUCUCGAUAUGGAAUUAUGACGGACAUAUUGCAUAUGAAGACAUCAUAGAAGCAACUGAGGAUUUUGACAUCAGAUAUUGCAUUGGAACUGGUGGAUAUGGUAGCGUUUACAAAGUAGAAUUACCAAGCGGAAAUGUGGUUGCCAUAAAGAAACUUCAUCAGAGUGAGGCUGAAAAUCCAGUUUUUUAUAGGAGCUUUAUAAAUGAGGUGAGGGUAUUAACAGAGAUUCGACAUCGAAAUAUUGUGAAGCUGCAUGGGUUCUGUGUACAUAAAGGAUGCAAAUUUUUAAUUUAUGAGUACAUGGAAAGGGGAAGCCUAUUUUGUGUGCUAAGAAAUGUUAAUGAAGCUAUGGAAUUGGAUUGGACCAAGAGGGUAAACAUCAUCAAAGGCAUAGCACACGCCUUAUCUUACAUGCAUCAUGAAUGCAUCCCAGCAAUUGUUCAUAGAGAUGUAUCAUCCAACAACAUUUUGCUGAACUCCGAAUUCCAAGGUUUUAUAUCUGACUUUGGAACUGCUAAACUCCUUGAUCCUAACUCCUCCAAUCAAACAUUGGUUGCUGGCACUUAUGGUUACAUUGCUCCAGAGUUUGCCUACACAAUGACAAUUACUGAAAAAUGCGAUGUAUAUAGCUUUGGAGUGGUGGCACUAGAAGUAUUAAUGGGAAGGCAUCCGGGAGAACUCUUGUCCUCAUUAUCAUCAUCAUCAUCAUCAUCAUCUCAAAAUAUGAUGCUAAAUGAAAUAUUAGACCAACGCCUGCCACCUCCCAAUGGUCUAAUUGGACAAGAGAUUUUGCUUGUUGCUACAAUAGCAUUUGCAUGCCUGCACACUCAACCAAAGUCUCGACCUACAAUGAAAUGUGUGUCACAAGAAUUUCUCUCUUGCAGGAAGCCAAAUCUCAUACCAUUGACUGCGGUUUCACUCCUGCAACUGAGGAAACAAGCAACAUAUGUGGCUGGAUCAGGAUUUGCUUAUUGUUAGGAUGUUUUGUGUGAUGUCAAUGUGUCGUUUACAUUUGUCGGUCUUUUUCUAAGAAAAAUAUUAUUUGUAAGCAUUCUAAA